UGUUCACUGGCAGAACUCUCUGGUGGGCUUGCGGUGCCUAGCGUAUAAGUUUUCGGUGUUAGCAUUGCGCGUGCGUUAGCAGUGUCGUCGCAGCACACACCCGACGGUGUGCCGGUGGUGUGUGGCAUUAUAGUGUGGCUCCGGGAGUGGCUAAACCCCACAGCAAAGCGAAUACAGCGCAGCAUCCGUCGCAGCUCUUCACCCAGCAACGAUUCAGCCAAAGUUCCGCGAUCGAUCCAGUAGCGAGCGCGGUUUAGAAGCGAUAGUGCCAGCCUGCCCCCGGGCCGGUAUACAUAAGUUUCCAAAUUUCAAAGCUGUGAUUUUCGUUUGGCCAAACCUUUUUGGCCGAACCGACAACAAACCUUCAAAACGUUCUGCACGGAAGCGAUACGCAUUAUGGGGUGCGCACAGUCGGCUGAGGAACGGGCUGCCGCCGCUAGGAGCCGCCUGAUCGAGCGUAAUCUCAAGGAGGACGGUAUCCAGGCGGCCAAGGACAUCAAACUGUUACUGCUCGGCGCUGGUGAAUCGGGAAAAAGUACAAUCGUUAAACAGAUGAAAAUUAUUCACGAAAGUGGCUUUACGUCAGAGGAUUUCAAACAGUACAGGCCAGUAGUGUACAGCAACACGAUACAAUCACUAGUUGCAAUACUGCGAGCGAUGCCAAACCUUAGCAUUGCGUUCGGCAAUAACGAACGGGAGUGUGACGCAAAGAUGGUGUUCGACGUAGUACAGCGGAUGCACGACACAGAACCAUUCUCGGAGGAUCUGCUAUUAGCGAUGAAAAGACUGUGGUCGGAUUCUGGCGUGCAGGAGUGCUUCUGUCGCAGCAACGAGUAUCAGCUGAACGAUUCCGCAAAAUAUUUCCUGGACGACCUUGACCGAUUGGGCGCCAAGGACUAUCAGCCGACGGAGCAGGAUAUCCUACGGACACGUGUCAAAACCACCGGUAUCGUUGAGGUGCACUUUUCCUUCAAAAACUUAAACUUCAAGCUGUUCGAUGUCGGUGGUCAGCGAUCGGAGCGAAAGAAGUGGAUCCACUGCUUCGAGGAUGUCACCGCUAUCAUCUUUUGCGUGGCCAUGUCAGAGUACGAUCAAGUGUUACACGAAGAUGAAACCACGAACCGUAUGCAAGAGUCACUGAAGCUGUUCGACUCGAUCUGCAACAACAAAUGGUUCACCGAUACCUCAAUCAUUCUAUUUCUGAACAAGAAGGAUUUGUUCGAGGAGAAAAUCCGGAAAAGUCCACUGACAAUCUGCUUCCCGGAGUACACGGGUGGACAGGAGUAUGGUGAAGCGGCGGCCUACAUUCAGGCGCAGUUUGAGGCUAAAAAUAAGUCCACAUCAAAGGAAAUCUAUUGCCACAUGACAUGUGCAACGGACACCAACAACAUCCAGUUUGUGUUCGAUGCCGUCACCGACGUUAUCAUAGCGAACAACCUGCGCGGCUGCGGUCUGUACUAAACACACGGUGAACGCGUUCUCCCCGAAAAUGGGAACCGCCCAUUGUUUUGCACAGGGGGAACCACUACACUAUAUGGAUGCGAUGUACAUCGAAACGGUCGGUGAAGGAUUGUUUUUUUGCGCAAUGGAACUGGGUGAAGCGGAGAUUGGGCACGGCGCGUACGUACGUGUACCGUGCUAUCCAUCCCUCUCCCAUCCCACCCAGGCCCGGGACUUCCGGCCGUAACGGAAGGCCGCAUAUUGUUGCAGCAGAAAUUUUGCGUUUUUUGUUUUAUUUCGUUUGGUUUCUAUUCAUUACCACAAUGGAGAUAAACAAACCAUCCGCGCUAGGUGAAAAUUCGUCGUGUUGCUUUUCCAGCGCGCUCUAUCCGAUGAGCUCUAACUACAUUAAUGGAUCAUUCGGUGUCAUAUCGAUCCUGAAGGAACACUCUGGAAGUGUUUUUGGAAGGGAACAACAAAAGUAGCAGAGGAAGAAAAAAAAAACACACGACAUGUUUAGCCACUAGUUUUGGGGACGUGGAACGUUUAAUAAUUUAACUCUGACAGAAGAUCGGUAUAUAUGACAUACAAUAGCACUAAAGGAAACAAAACAAACAAAAAAAUAAUUACAGCAGGGAGAGUGGCAAUAGGAGGUUUACAAUGUGUUCAAAAACCGUGGUAGUAUCGUACUUUUCGCAAGGGCGAGUACGGGCAGCACUCUCGAUCACGUUUACCUUGCAAUCGUCUCUGUAGGAUCGAGAAAGGGAUAUGUGACAGGAGUAGUAGUAUACUCUACCUAAUCCACAUACGGAUCACAAACACACACACAAACAAACACAGAUUAGUGUAUCUAACAACUGUUCUUGAUCAUUUGAACCAGAUGAGCGGGAUAUAGUUGGUUUAUUAAAACGGAUAGUGAAUACAAAUCACGUCGUAGCCGUAAGUACGUUAUCUAUUGUGCGCUAUUCGACGUCAUCUUUACUGCUGGUUGCCAUCUUGAUGAAGUGGGAAUAACAGGUGCGUACAAUAGAAACACACCGAUCAACAACUAAUCGAUCGUUAUCGUAUCGUGUGCAGAGCGAUAGGUAAAGGUUGGUUUUGCUAGCAAGGCAUUCUCGCCAUUUACGUCGACCUGCAUAGUCGGGGCUGCCACUGUUGUACAAAUGCAGCAUUUCUUUGCGUUCUAUUACCUUACCAUAGCACAAUAAUUGCAGCUUACCGUACGACAUCCGCACAAUCAUAUGCCACGCCGCAUCAAUAGAACUAGGUAUUAAAAUACGGCGUAAAGGUACGAUCGCUAGCUUUACAUCAGUGAAUCGUUCAAUCAACACCCACGCCCAUCCAACCAAGGAUGGAAGGUAACGCACAAGUCAGCGCUUCUUUUUCUUAAAUUUUCCACAUGGAAGAGAGUGUACGUUUUGCGGGUGAAACAGUAGCACUACGACCUGAACUAAGAGAGAUAAGAGCAUGAAAUUAGAGAGUAAUGCACAUCCAUUAUAUAAUUUCUGUUGUUACGUUUUGUUUUUGACUGUUGAGAGGAUGUAGUGGAUGAGGACGAGAAACAUAUUUAUUAUUAUUGCUAUUGAAUUAAUAUUACUAUAAUUAUUCUUACCGUGUACGUUAGCCAGUGGUGUGUAACUGUUUGGUAACGAUCCGCGCUGCCAUAGGUGUGUGUCUGUGUCGCAGGUUGUGUUGCAGCCAGCAGCACAGCCCCGUUGAGAAGCGUUUUGCUAAAUACAGCACAUACAAAGAGUAACAAAAAACGCACACCGGCCACCAGGUUAACUCUAAUGGACCUAAUGUUUGAGACGAACGGUUUAACGAUAAACGCACAAAUGUAAAAUCUAAUCGAAUCCAUACGCUCUGUUAUAAGCUUGGAUCAGCUAUCGUUAAGGCAAACCGGAAAGGUGUAGAAUCAACAAACGCAUGUAUUGUAUUUCCGUUAGCGAGGAGCUGAAGCCACAUAGGCGUGUGGCCAAUCUAUCGCAAGCCAGGCAAUCGAGAACGAAGUAAUGCGGGUUACAAACUCUAUUCAGUUUUAUCUACAUUCCUUAACGUGGGUAUUUCUUAAUGAUUAUUUGCUACUAUUUUCCCCUUUCUUGUGGUUGCCCUUUAGCAAAAGGGUGAGUGUGUGUUUAGCUCCAGAGUAUUUUUCCCCACAAACGCAAACGAUAGCGAACCUGUACAAUCUGCAAGAGAUUCUCUUCCUUCGUUAGUGCUAGCAAACCGAAGUACCGGAUGUUUGUUUUUGUUUCUUUUUUAUAGAUCAAUCAUUAGAACCAUCAGCACACGAUCCCGCUAGUGGGAUUGGAAAAAGCAAAAAACAAACAAAAAUCGUUAGCCGUCGUACUCGCGCUCUUUCUUCUGCCUUCGCAGCUUUGUGCCAACGAAACGAAGAUCGAUGUUUUUCUCUGUCUUUGCUACAAUUAAGAGGUUUUUCCGUUUUUCUCUGUGGUUGUGAAGAUCAGGCAGAAAUAGGAUGAAGGAUGCCAGAACAAGCGUUACACCUUUUUCAUUCAUCUACUUAUCUACACUGACAGCAUCCCCUGUGUGUGUGUGUGUACACGUUCCACCCCGGGGGUGUUCGACAAUCCGACGGUAUCAGAUUUACGUAUUUUUAUCCCCAUCCGUUUACCGAUAAUAAUCCAUUUAACAAUCUUUAGUAUAGUACAAAGCUAUAUCGCUAGAGCGCCUCCCCUUUUCGUUUACGUUUAGAUAAUUCGCACAAUAAUAGCAAAGCAAGAACAGAUGGCCAGGAUUAAUGGUUGCUAUCCGGUGGUAUUCAAUGUAAGCAGGUCACACAACAUCCCGACAUUACACAACUACGCGUACUUGUAUAGUUAAGUGGAUCUACUACACCCGGUGUGCAUGCCCUUGUCCGUAAAAAAUAGUUUCAAUAUUGGCUUGCGGCAUAGUUCUAGUCCAUCAAGUAAGAAAUCGGUUGAGCGCAUACGAUUGGCAAUUUUUUAAUUGAUAAAAUCAAAACUAUGAAUGCAAAGCAUAAUGCAGCCGUUGCAGCAGCUUUAUCCGCACUAACUGACCAAAUACAAAACAAUGAAUAAUCCAAAGAACCUUCAACCAGACACAAGGACGCAUUGCGGAAUACCAACGCUAGAGGAGAACAAAUUCUCGCCGGUUCGAAGAUGCAAACUACCAAAAAAAAAAGGAGGUGACAUUGUGUAGCGCAGAGAAGAAGUAGAAGUACUGCAGCGUGAAUGUGAAAGAAUGAUUCUACUUCUAUUUUUGAUAUAAAUAAUUUUUAGUAUUUUUUCUACUCCUAUUAAAACCAAAUGAGCAUGCUACAAAAAUAAAUAAACUAAAAGGCAAAGCAAAACGCACACACGACGAAUGCGAAACGCGGGCACACAUAAUGUCGGUAACGCCACGAACAAAAUGGUCCCACUUGCAUGUCACUAAAACUAAACACAUACAUCAGAAGAAGAAAAACAGGCGAUUCAUUUCACCACACAAUAGCGUAAAUAUAAUAUUAUGUACUAAGCAACAAUUUGAAGGGCAUAUGAACGCACUGGAGAGUGAAAGGAGGAGCAUCUCUUCGGGUUUAUUUUUUUAAUAAGAAAACUACUUUGGCGCACUUGUUAUCACAACUUACCUUGCUAGCAGGAAAUUUGUGUAACGAACUGUUCAACUGUUUUGGCAUCUUCAAAAGAAUGAUAAUAACACUAAUCCGAAGAACGCAAAAAGUGGAUAAUUAACCAUUUCAUUCGAAACAAUUCUCUUUUCCUCCCUUUUUUCCAUGAAUGCAAUGUUGCAAUCUUGAAAACCAAAACAAACAAAAAAAAAUGUAUCAACGUGCUACAAUCAAACACAGCAAAUGGCUGCGACGACUCCAUAGGAGUGAACAAGCAGAGAAUAGAAAUAGGUAAAAAAAAA